CACACACAGCCUCUCUCACAGUUACCUAGUUAAAUAAAGGUUAAAAAAAAUACAAAAUACACGCAUACACGCGCGCGCACUCGCACGACGAAGGGGAAUCACUGAAGCUUGGAUUUCACGUCGAGGCGCUCUUGCCCAAUGCAAUAUGUUGCUAAUCUGACUGCGCGUUGAAUCAUAUCAGAGAGCCGCUUCAUGUUUAUCAACGUCAACCAGGGAAACCAGAGGCGGUUUUAUCUCUUGCCCGAGCUCUUUCACUUUUUAAGAAGGACGUACAUAGCCCACGCGUAAAACCUCGACAGGACACGUGUAAUUUUGAGUCAGAACGGAGGAAAUAGAAGCAGGUUUUCUUCUAGGUUCUGAAUAACGCGGGUGAAGUUUUGAUUCAUUAGAAUCUGCAACGCAUUGAACGCUUACUGUCAAAGUGCAUGUGUGUUUUUUAGUAACACGAAGGAACGUUAUAGCAAUUUCCUAACUGCGAAAAUUCAAAGCAACUAUUCUUUGCAGGGGGUCCUACAAAUUUUCAGAGAAUGGUAAAUGAUCGAUGGAAAAUCAUGAACAGUGUUUCAGAACUCGAAGAUGGACAUCAGCAUAAAUCUCAGAGGAUGGGCUGUAGCUACUUCCUGUGCACCAUCAUGCUCUUCGUGGCCGUCCUCCUGGCCGUGACGGCAACGGGUACCAUCCUCUUCAUGAACCACUACCAAGCCCCGCCCCCCGGCACUAACAACGGCCCCCCACUCAUCUCCACCAACCAGGAUGAAGGCAACGCCCUGGUGACGGUCGAGCGGGGCGACGGCUCACGCAUCAACAUUUUCAUCGACCCCAACUGCCCCGACUACAACAACAACUUCCUACGGCUGGAGGGUGUGCAGACUUCGCUGCUCCACUCGCUGACCGACCACGACACGAGCCUAAAGUCAGUGAAGGGCCAGGACCGAGCCUUGCUGGUGAAGUUGGCUGAGGAGGUGGCCAAGCUCUCGGCCCAUGCCAGCCAGCUCAGGUUGGAGUACGAAUCUCUAAGGCGAGGCCAGGGGAACCUGGGACAAGAGCUCAACACUCUGCAAACGGAGCAAGGCCGACUUAUCCAGCUGCUGUCUGAGAGCCAGAUCAACAUGGUGAAGGUGAUGAACUCAGUGAACGAUGCUCUCAACUCCAUGCAGAAGGAGACAGGGAACCUGAAGAGCAAGUUCAAGGCAGACCUCCAGAGAGCACCUGUUCGCAGUGCCCGGCCCAAAGGCUGCUCCAAUGGCUCCAGACCUCGGGACUGCAGCGAUAUCUACGCAAGUGGUCAGCGGGAGGACGGGAUCUACUCUGUCUUUCCCAUGCACUACCCUGCUGGUUUCCAGGUCUUCUGUGACAUGACAACGGACGGAGGAGGAUGGACGGUCAUUCAGCGCAGAGAGGACGGCGCAGUGAACUUCUUCCGAGCAUGGGACGCAUACCGCGACGGCUUCGGCAAGAUCACAGGGGAGCACUGGCUUGGUUUGAAGAGGAUGCAUGCCUUGACCAUCCAAGCCAACUACGAGCUGCGAAUUGACCUGGAGGACUUUGAGAACAGCACAGCUUUCGCCCAGUACGGAGCUUUUGGAGUGGGACUGUUCUCUGUUGACCCGGAUGAGGAUGGCUACCCGCUGACUAUUGCUGACUACUCAGGCACUGCAGGUGACUCGAUGCUCAAACACAAUGGGAUGAAAUUCACCACCAAGGAUCAAGAUAACGAUCACUCAGAGAACAACUGUGCCUCCUUCUACCACGGCGCCUGGUGGUACCGCAACUGCCACACGUCCAACCUGAACGGACAAUACCUGCGUGGGCAGCACACCUCCUACGCCGACGGCAUCGAGUGGUCCUCCUGGACGGGUUGGCAGUACUCCCUCAAAUUCGCAGAGAUGAAGAUUAGGGCCACGAGAGAGGAGAACAAAUGAGAUGGAAACAAUACUACGUGAAACCAUAGACUAAUGGACUUAGGUGUUUUUAAAGACACUCAACCUGCCGAGAAUCAGAAUGAGGACUAUGCUCGUACUGUAACCCCUGUCCAAAAACAUUCUAAUCCCCUCUUGUGGUGUUGUGUUGAAGCCUCCAAGGUUUUGUAACCUUUUGCAAUCUCUCGCUGAUCUGAUCAUGUUUGUAAUAAUUAUGUCAAAAUAAUGCAGGUAAUGUCAGAACUACAGUAUCGUUGUGGAAUUUUGAAAUAUGAAAUGUUAGGAUUUCUCUCAUUCCCAUAAAUUAAUAGAAUUUCUUACAGUUUAUUUCGGCUGUCCCUGUUACUUGUAUAUACAAUUAUCUUUGCAUCUGACAGCAUCAUGAGUUCUCCUAAGUGUUACGCACUGGUUUCGGUGAACCAAGUUUGCUUGAUAAGUAACCUUGCUUAAGACCUGGAGACUUGUGUUAGCUCCCCAAGCUAAUGCUUAGGCUUUAGAUCAGUGGGCUAUGACCAUAUUGUGGCGCACAGGAAACGUGGGUUUUAACCCGGUCAGUUACAUGAGCUCCUGGUUGACCCCUAGCUCCUGGUUGACCCCUAGCUCCUUGUUGACCCAUAGCUCCUGGUUAACCCCUAGCUCCUGGUUGACCCCUUGCUCCUGGUUGACCCCCUAGCUCCUGGUUGACCACUAGCUCCUGGUUAAACCCUAGCUCCUGGUUGACCCGUAGCUCCUGGUUGACCCCUAGCUCCUGGUUGACCCCUAGCUCCUGGUUGACCUCUAGCUCCAGGUUGACCCAUAGCUCCUGGUUAACUCCUAGCUUCUGAUUGACCCCUAGCUUCUGAUUGACCCCUAGCUACUGGUUAACCUCUACCUAAUGGUUGACUCCUAGCUCCUGGUUAACCCUUAGACAUACCUUGUGAUCAUGUGUCAGUCCUGUGCCCAGUAAGACACAUUCAUGACAAAGACAUUAUAUCUGUCAGACAGGGCUUUUCAAGCCAAUCACUUCAUAAAUGGCAUCCUUGUUUUUUAUGUAACAUUUUCAAAAGACAUUGACCCCACAAGACUGGCUUUGAGUGGCAUGCGUGUGUGACCUGUGACAGUGGUAGUAGACAGAAUGAAGAGCAUAGGUGAGGGGGCUCGGCCAGCGGGCUGGGCCAAUUAUGAUCAGAGACCUGUAUCUGUGUAGACUUCCAGUUGGUGGUGGAAACCUUCUCAGACAGUAGCUACUAGCCUAUAAGUUCAGCUCCUUGUCAUGUGGAGGCUUCCCUGUCUCUCACUUUCUCUCCCUCACUUUACAAUCACUGAGAGACAAGUCUGUUCACUGAUAUGCUGUCUUGACUCACCUCAAAUCAGUUGUUUCAGUAUACUGGGUUUUGGCUGCAUUUACACAGGCAGCUCAAUUCAUUAAUCAGAUCAGCUCUGAAAAAGAUUUGAUGUGAAA